UGCCUUGGUUAGGGUUGCUCAUUUUGGAACAGACUGAGAGAAAGCAGAAUCAAAAUGAAGAAGUUUCUUGUGUUGAUCUCCUUUUUGGUCCUGCUGACCACUGUUACAGACACUUCACCAAUUUUGUCUGAAAAAGAUGCCAAACAGAUGCUGAGGACUCGUCGUGAAGACAGACCAAGAAAAGCUGGUUUCCCUGAUGAACCAAUGAGGGAGUAUAUGCUUCACCUCCAGCGCUUGGAGCAGAGAUCAGAAGAGCAAUUCCUUGAACACUGGCUGAAUCCUCAUUGCCUCCCACACUGCAACAGGGAUCUGGUGCACCCAAUCUAAUGGGAUUGCCUACCCUGCAACUGAUCUCCACAUGGAUUUAUACAUGAUUAAGGAGGACAAGUUUAUUCCUGCAUUGGCUACGUGCUCACUGUAGAGCAGAACCUCUCUGCAAUCCUCAUGGUACAGCAGAACUUCCAGCUCUAAGUGGCUUGAUGAGUUCUAGACCACCAUGUAUUUUCUACCAGCAAUGAUUGCAUGCAUGAAUAACUGAAUUGAAGGUUCCCACAGUUUCUGAGGUAUGGGCAAUUUAUUAGUCCUAGAGUAUCCUUUCAAGGGCACAGGUUUAGACUGUCUGAAGCAAAAGAAACUUGGAGGGAGACAUCAAUAGAAUAUUGCAGAAUAGCAACAUGAAGAGAAGGCCAGCUUUCUGGGCUUUGGAGGAAUCCUUAAUUACAGUUUUCUAGGUUAAAUAACAAUAUUUCAUGAAGACACAACAUUUAUGUAACACUAUUUCCUACUGCCUGAUGAGUAUUUCAUGUAUUGUUUCAAAA